UUAUUCUCGUCGACAAAGCAAUGGAGACGAUGGAAUCGGUAUUCAUUUGUAACAUUCCGAUUUAGAAUAGGUGAAUAACAUUAUCUAUACCGUGGAGACGUUGUGGUUUGGAUGUGAUCGAGACGUCUGAGUUUUUGAACGUCAGACAGCGACUUACCGAAGCGCUAAAGACGGUGUUCAACACUGAAGUUGGAUCAAAAAGGCCAUCUCUUUGAUAAAGGAUUCUAUGGAACACUGUGGAAUAUGAAAAUGAGUUCAGAGGACAGCUGCUGAACCAGAGGUGGACGAGAGGAGACAGAGACAGCAGCUGUGAGACCAAAAGGACGAGGAGAGGCAAAAUGAGUCAGGAUGCAGACGAGAAGCGGACGCGGACGCGCUCCAAGGGCAUCCGAGUACCCCUGGAGCUUGCUGGCCAAGAACUGAGUUGUCCUAUUCCGGGAUGUGAUGGCCUGGGUCACGUCAGUGGAAAAUAUGCACGGCACAGAAGCGUGCUAGGUUGCCCUCUGGCCAAGAAAAGGAAACAAGAGGCAGAGGCGGACGAAAAUCAACCUGCCCCAAAGAAGAAGUCCAAUCCCCUGAAGCUGGCCAUGGACGAUGGCUUCAACGGCGACAGUGACGCGAGCAGCGAGGCGGAGACCAAGGAGGAAGGAGCCGAGUCUGACGAGGAGGCAGCCGCUGAAAAGAACACAGAGGCGGUUGAGAAGGAGAGCACUGCUGAGCGACAGGAAGAUGAAAAUACACCAGCUAAUCCUAAAGAGAAAGAGCCAGCGAGCGAAGUCACCCCACCCUCUGAUACAGACUUCCCCAAAGAGCCAGAGGAGACCACACCCAUCCAGCCGGUUACUAUGGAGGCAGACAGCGAGGCGGCACUGCAGGUCGCCGAGGAGAUCCAGGCAGCAGAGGAGGAGGAGGACGAGGACGAGGAGAUGAGCGAGCAGGACAGAAUGAGGCAGCAGCUGAAGAACGACUCGGGCCCAGAGCCGACUGCCGCCGAGGAGGAGGAGGAGGAGGAAGACGACAAUGACGAGGGGGAAGAGGAUGAGGAGGAGAGACAAUGCUCAGGUCAGAAGAACAACUCCGACCACCAGUACUACAGCGGGAACUAUCAAAGACUGCCCACCAAAGACACAGAGAAGGAGGAUGGUGAAGAGGAGGAGGAGGAGGAAGAGGAGGAGGAAGAGGAGGAGCAGACGGUAGCAGAGCCUGUCGCGCUCAAUGCUGCUGCUGUUGCCCAGGAGGUGCAGUCAGAGGUGGUGCCUCAUGAUGAGGAGAAACUAGACCUGAUGGAGGAAGAGGAGGAGGAAGAUGAAGAAGAGGAUGACGAAGACGAAGAGGAAGACGAAGAGCACGGCUCUAACAAGGGUUCACCCACUGUAGUAAUCGAGCUGCACUCUGAGGAAGAGGACGAGGAGGAGGAAGAGGAAGAAUACGAGGUUGAAGAGGAGGAGGAGGAAGAGGAGGAAAUGGACAGUGUCUCUCACAGGUCGGAGGUCACGGACGAGUCAGAGACGUACGACAUGACCAAGGGCAACCUGGGGCUCCUGGAGCAAGCCAUUGCCCUGAAAGCCGAGCAGGUGGAGAGAGCUGCGGAGGAGAGCUGCUCCUCAGAGCCCCUGUCCUACCACAGCCAGGACGAGAGGUCCAGCAAGGCCAGCGACAGCACGCCACGCAGGCCUUACUACGGGAAAGAGGGCUCUAGGUCUGACAAAAAGGAGGUGAAGUGUCCUACUCCAGGGUGUGAUGGCACAGGUCAUGUGACUGGGCUGUACCCUCACCAUCGCAGUCUCUCCGGCUGCCCUCACAAGGACAGGAUUCCUCCAGAGAUCUUGGCCAUGCAUGAAAAUGUUUUGAAGUGUCCGACUCCAGGCUGCAACGGUCAGGGACACGUCAAUAGCAACCGCAACACGCAUCGCAGCUUAUCAGGCUGCCCCAUCGCAGCGCAAAGGAAACUCGACAAGAGCCACGACAAGCAGCCCCAUGUUAGCCAGCCCUCAGUGAGUGAGCCAGCCAUCGCAGGAGGCCACUCUGACAGAGUACUGAGACCCAUGUGCUUUGUUAAGCAGCUGGAAAUCCCGCAGUACGGCAGCUAUAGGCCUAAUGUGGUGCCAGCGACCCCGCGCGCCAACCUGGCCAAGGAGCUGGAGAAGUACUCCAAGGUGUCCUUUGACUAUGCAAGCUUCGACGUGCAAGUGUUUGGCAAGCGAAUGCUCGCCCCAAAGAUGCCCACCAGCGAAACCUCACCCAAAGCCUUCAAAUCCAAACCGUUCCCUAAAGCCUCGUCACCCAGCCACAGCCUAUCAGGAGGCUACGCCAAGAGCAGCUCGUCGUCGUCCUCCAGUGGUUACGACUACUCGCACGACGCCGAGGCUGCGCACAUGGCAGCCACCGCCAUCCUGAACCUGUCCACCCGCUGCUGGGAGAGGCCUGAGAACCUCAGCACGAAGCAGCAGGAUCCGGACGGCAAGGAAAUGGACAUUGAGGUGGAUGAGAACGGGGCAGUGGACCUUAGCAUGAAGAAGCCCAAGAGGGAAGGAGUGCAGUCCCCUGACCCUUCCUCUUCAUCAUCGUCAUCCUCCCAGCAGCAGGGCGGGGUCACCUCACCUCACUCCGCCCACACAUACAAACAGGAAGAGUGGGAGGGGCCUCUGGACUACACCAAGCCCCUCCACCAGAAGGAGGAGGAGCAGGAGGAGCCAGAGCACAGCACGCAGUCGUACGCCUCCUCCGAGGGGGAGGAAGAUGACGGCACGCAGGAGAGUCUGGAGGACAGGAAGUACCCCGGAGAGGUCACAACCUCCAGUUUCAAGGUCAAGUUCUCCCCGAAGGACGCCAAGAAGGAUCUUCUGCUAUGUCCCACACCAGGUUGUGAUGGCAGUGGUCACAUAACAGGGAACUAUGCAUCACACCGCAGUCUGUCUGGCUGUCCUCUCGCUGACAAGUCCCUGCGGACCCUCAUGGCAGCUCACACUGCUGAACUGAAAUGUCCUACGCCAGGCUGUGAUGGAUCUGGACACAUCACAGGGAACUACGCCUCUCACAGAAGUUUAUCUGGAUGCCCUCGUGCCAAAAAGGGAGGAGUGAAAACCACCCCCACAAAGGAUGACAAAGAGGACUCUGAACUCUUAAAUCCUCUUCCCACUGCCAGUGCAAGUGCCACCCAAAUCAACCCGUCUCUCCUUUCCAGAUGCCCAGUGCCUGGCUGCGACAGCAUGGGUCACAUCAGCGGGAAGUAUGCCACCCACCGCAGCGCCUACGGGUGCCCACUGGCUGCCAAGCGCCAGAAGGAGGGCAUGCUGAACGGCACUCCCUUCUCCUGGAAGGCCUUUAAGACAGAGGGCCCCACCUGCCCCACGCCGGGAUGUGAUGGAUCGGGCCACGCCAACGGCAGCUUCCUCACCCACCGCAGCUUAUCGGGCUGUCCCAGGGCAUCGGCCAAUAAGAAGAGGGCCAAGCUACCUGGAGAUGAGUACAUCAGCAAGAAAUUCAGAGCCAGCGAUGUCCUGGAUAAUGAUGAGGACAUAAAGCAGCUGAACAAAGAGAUUAAUGAGCUUAGUGAGUCCAACUCAGAGAUGGAGGCUGACAUGGCCAGCCUGCACACACAGAUUUCCUCCAUGGAGAAGAACUUGAAAAGUAUGGAGGAGGAGAACAAGCUGAUCGAGGAGAGGAAUGAGGCUCUCUUCGUGGAGCUGUCUGGCCUCAGCCAGGCCCUCAUCCGCAGUCUGGCCAACAUCCGGAUUCCACAUAUGAAAGAGCCAAUCACGGAACAGAACUUUGAUUCCUAUGUGGACACUCUUACGCACAUGUUUACCAACAAGGAGUGCUACCAGAACCCAGAGAACCGGGCCCUGUUGGAGUCCAUCAACCAGGCUGUGAAAGGCAUCGAGGUGUGAAGAGGAAGGCUGAAGAGGAGGCUGAACAAUCGGGGAAAAGUAGAGAUGAACGAGUACAGGAAGAGACAGAAGAAAGCAACAGAUCUGUGGAGUGUUCACCACGACAAAAAAAAAAAAAAAGAAACUGUGAAUUGGUAUUCAGGUCUGAUAUAUGUAUGUUAUGUAGGUGGCUUCUACUUCUUGAAAAAGAGAAACUGAUGCUUAUUUUUCAAAUAAGGACCAAAAUUCAAUGAUGCUGCUUUCUCAAAAAAGUGUGAUUUUGGAGCCCCCUCUCCUCAUGGACAGACUUGACCUUAACAAAUGACGCUGAUUCUGGAACUCACUACCUGUUUGACUUUUAGAACAACAAUCGACCCUGGCCUGCCUUGCUUACUCUCCUCAGUGCAUGCAGGUUGUCAGGAGCAACAAAUUAUGCGUGUGUGUGUGUGUGGAUAUUGGUGGGCGUGAAUCUUUGUGUGUGCGUGCGUGCGUGCGCGUGUGCGUGUGUAUGUUUGUGUGAGUGUGUGUGCAUGUGUUGCAAUCAAGGGACAUGCCGAAUGACCCCCCUUUCUAAAUUGCUAUUGAAACAGACUUAGAAUGCAGCACUGCAGAGCCCUAUGUGUCUUGUACAAUAAUACUGUUGUCCCAUAGUUAGUGUAAAGGCAUUCCAUCUAGUAAUAUUUAUGGUAUAUGAGCAUAGACGUUGCACUUAUAUGAAUAGUUUGUAGUGUCAUUAUUAUUAUCAUGAAAUGAAUAUUUGGAUUGAUGAUCUGAGAUGUAAGUUUAAUAUUAUUUAUCAAUGUUUUGUGAUUGUUUUCCCUAUUUAUUCAUUAAUGUCUAUUUAUUGUCUUUAAUUUAUUAUUUUAUUUUUUUUACCGAACAAAAUGCUACAUCACACACCGUUUUUAUCUGUCAGUGAGAAGAAAGAAAUUGUCCUCUGUCGUGAUGUUUCAAAGGAGACAAUAUUUUAAAGUAUUAACAAUAAAUUGUUUUAUAUAUCUUUCUAUUUAUUUUAAAGAACGGGAUUUUUAAUCUCCUUUUUUAAGUGCAAAUAUUUUGUAACU